ACAACAACAGCACCUAAAACUAUUACGACAACAACAACAACAGCAGCAGCAGCAACAACAACAGCAACAAAAACAUCCAGAACAUGGACAAUUACUGCAGCCGCAGCAACUGCAUGAGACUAAAGCCCACUUAGAUUCACAGCUACCCGAGCUUGCACUGCCUCCUGACGCUAUCACUGCAGGACUGCCACCUAGUGGUCAUCGGCAACCAUCAUCGUUGACAUCUAGCUCUAUAAGCGAUUCGAUGUCAUCCACCACGGCAUCGUCGAAUAGUCCACCCAGCAUGAGAGCCAGCUCGGCCGGCAGUAACAGCUCAAUAAGGAGAAGGUCGGUGACGUUUGAGGACGAGGUUUCCGUCAUUCAUCGUGAUGACCCGUCACCACCACCUCCACCUCCCAUGAUGGCAUCAAGUGCUGAUGCGAACAUGCUCGACGGAACUAGCAGCGUGGCAGGACGAUACAAACAACAGGAUGCUCCGCCGGAGACUCAGAGGUAUUCCCUGCUAGCCGAAAUCGAGACUGGCAUCAAACUAAAACCCGGACCGAAGCCUUUUAAGAAAAAUGCUAAGAAAGUGAUCACCGUACUGACAGGAGCGCCUACAGUGGUGACGGAGCACAACAUAAGACCUAGCUCAAUGCAGCAGAUUAUGCGACCAGCAUCGCAUGCCGAAAGUCCGGAGUCCGUCCUCACUGCGGACGACGAAUUGCCUGUUAGAAUGAACGCCAGUGUAGAAGGUGACAUCGUCAGAGCGGACAGUCUGCCGGUGACGUCAUCGAAGCCAAAACAGGAGAACGCUUCGAUCUCCGAUAGCGUAUCGAGCGAGUCGAGCGAAGAGCACUUGCUGAAGCCUAGCUUAGUGAAGAACAAAAUAUCGGAGUCGAACAUGAAACCGAGCGAACUUCUUAAGAAUCAGCUGAAUCGAUCAAAAACCGAGCAGGCAAAAGCAGACGAAAACAAGCCGUGGCCGUGCAGCCCCAGCAAAUCUGCGAUGCCGGAACCAGUGAGCUCUCAUACUAGUCAGCACAGCGCACCUGACGACGGGGCGUCUGCAAGUCCCAGCAAGAGCAAGCUGGUAUACGUGGAGCAUCUUAUUCGUCCCAGCGAGAUCCGCGAACAGAAGCACGACGUCGGUGAAAAUAAGGAAAAUGCCCGCCAGGGGGCAUCACUCGUCAGCAAGGCGCACGACCACUCUAUUAAACCGGUUAUCAUUGACGGCGAGCCGAUCCCUCCGUGGAAGAAGGAACUACUUGUGAGGAAGGUCCAUCAGGAAGAUGAGAUCAAGAAAUCAGAGGAAGCAAAGUGGGCCGGGAUACCCGAGUGGAAGAGGCAGCUGAUGGAGCAGAGAGAAAGACACAAGGAAGGCCCGUCAGAGGAACUGGAAGAUGACGAAGAGCAAAUGCCCCCGUGGAAGAAGGAACUUCUAAUGAAGAAGAAGCAUCUCGAGCCCAAAACAUAACCCGAAAAACAAAGUUAGCGACUCUAGAUGGAUAUCGUUAGCUAACAACAGAAGAAUAAAACCUGAUGUAUAGUUACAAGCUUUACAGAGCAGUGAACCAAUUUGCACAAAGAGAUCGGGUCCUUCAGAGUUACUCUACCUUAGCUAAUUCUAUCCUGUCAUAUAUUUAUCACUGUUCGCAAUACCCUUCCAUUUAAUACGUCGUUUGACGCAACGUUAAAUUUGAGUUAAUUUGUGCAAUGAUGUCCUAUAAACAGUAUAUAUAAUGCAAAUGUAAAAUUAACACAGCUUUAGUCAAAUCUACAUCGGCAUGCGCCUGUUGUUGAGUGUAGCAGGUUCGGUGGUGUAGGUCGCUAAUAUGAUAGCGGGUUACAACGGUAUGCAUUCUACCUAACAGACUAACUGUCAAGAUGCUGCCACCUAGUGAAGUAAUAUUCUGAAAUAUUUUUGUUAUACCGUAAAAUGCAAUGACAGCUCCAUAAUAUCAGGAGUAGAUAAAGGGAAUUUAGAUAUAUUACUCCCUUUAACUACUCCUGAUAAUAUCUGCGAUGUAAUUUACAUGCUAGAAUUGGUGUAAUGUUUCCACGUACAGGGCAAGCAGUAACUAAACAAAUUAAUAAUUAACAUAACAGUACUUUGAGAAAAACCACUGGUCGUGAAUUAUUAUGUGAUAUAUAAAUCUAUAUGCGGCAUUAUAAAAUAAUGUGAUUAUAGAUCACAUACAUACUUAAAAAUAAGUUCAUAACCGAAUUUCUUUUCUAAUACAUUUGGAACGCAUCAGAAGCGUCGUGACUUCAAGCUCAAUAUAUCUCACAUCUAUCAAGCAUUUUCUCGCGAACUAUAGCAUUGAAUAUAAUUUUAAAAAAUGUUUUAGAAAUCGUUUGCUAUAUGUUAUAAAAGAUAUUUUCAUGUGAUCGGUUGUGCGCGUUUUCUUCAAUUUUGAAUAGAGGAACGUAUGAUCUGAUGUUCACCCAGAAUGCUAUUGUAUCAGUAAGAACAGUUUAAUGUUCUGUUGUUCGUGAAGCCCUUGUGGGCAGUGGUAGCGUCAUCUCUGGGAUAAUUGUUCGUUUCUAUUAUUGUUAUUGCAUGCACUUAUGAUUCUUUGAAAGCAGACGUUUUUCUAUAGCAAAACGACAUACACGUUCAAAUUAUUAACACGUGUGAAAUGCAUGUAAGUGUGUCAUGUUUGGUAAAGAUGUUUUACAUCUGCAUCUUUUCUAUUUAAAAAGUGUGCUUAGAGGAUUUUUUAUGGCGCACAGUAAACCAAGUUACUAAUAAUUUGUAAAAAUAUUUAAAACUAAUAUACAUAUUAAAUCGUGAUAUACUGUAAAACUGUACAAUUAUGUACAAAUGCAUGAUAUACUACAUAGCUAUAGGUUUUCUAUACUUGUGUAAUAACCGUACCAUGGUGUUAUAUGCCAGUUACAGAUGUGCGUGUACAUUUCAACUGUUUCAAUAUUGACAGUGAAUAAACACAGAAAUGUAAAUAUCAGUGAAACACCGA